CACAUCUCUGGUGCGUGACAGCCGGUGUGUCAACGACGUUAGCCGCUGCUUGUUAGCCUGCUCGCCGCCUUCGGAGCUGGAAGCCUCGGCCACUGGGAUGAGGAGAGAGUCCUGAAUAACCCGCUUCGCAGCAGGACGGUGGCGGGAACGAGGGAGCCAAGACGUCAAGGAAAAUAGAAUUGAGUGCAAGUGAAAGGCCAUGGAGCAGCAGAGGCAGAGAGCUCUGUCCACGUCAGGGGAGUCGCUGUACAUUGUGCUGGGAGUGGACAAGAGCGCCACCACAGAGGACAUCAAGAAAUGUUACAGGAAACUGGCGUUAAAGUUUCACCCGGAUAAGAAUCCCGACAAUCCGGAAGCUGCGGAGAAGUUCAAGGAGAUCAACAACGCCCACUCCAUCCUGAGCGACGGCACCAAGAAGAACAUCUACGACAAGUACGGUUCUCUGGGUCUGUACGUGGCCGAACAGUUUGGAGAGGAGAACGUCAACACCUACUUUGUUCUGUCCAGCUGGUGGGCCAAGGCCUUGUUUGUCUUCUGCUGCUUGUCCACCGGCUGUUACUUCUGCUGCUGUCUGUGCUGCUGCUGCAACUGCUGCUGUGGCAAAUGUAAACCUCGGCCCCCCAUGGACCAGGAGCCCGAGUUCUACGUGUCCCCCGAGGACCUGGAGGCCCAGAUGACAGCAGACGAAAGAGAUGGCAGCAACGAGCCCAUCGUGAUGCAGCCGUCCUCCGCCACAGAAACCACACAGCUCACUGCCGACGCCCACCACAGCUACAGAACGGACGCAUACUAGACACACACACACACGCACACACAUAUAUGGUCCGUGGGUGACGUAGACGUUGUAGAACCUGCACAACGUGAGCAGACAGAAGAUGAAGUCAUUGAAAAGACGUAUUGAUAUUUUACUGGAAAUUUAAUGUAUUUCAACCAGCUUGUUGACGUGCAAACCAGCGCAAUGUGAUGUCACGGGAGGUGGGGGGGGGAUUCUGGACUAAGCACCUGUCAAUCACAGCACAAGAUGCAAACACACACAUAAUUCAACAAACUCCAUGGGAUUGGACCUGAGAGCAACCACUAGUCCACUGUGCUGGACCAUCUUAUCAUUAAUAAUUGUAUCAUUUGAUUUUACCUUCAAGAUGCUUCUUCUGAUUGGUGGUCUUCAUUAAGCAAUCGUCUCUUCUUCUUCCAGCGUGAGCUCAUAACCCUAACCCACAUGUCACAUGACCAUAUUUGGAGAUGCAGUCUUGUCUGUCCUCCACGAGCUUCUCGUC